GUUAACUGUUCACUCCUACCAUUUGUUCUGCUCUGACCCUUCCCCGUCUCCUCCUCUCCCCCACUCACACCCACCCAACCUUCAAACUCAUGCACACAUACCUCCUCCGUCAUACUCCCACCACCUUCCACGUCAGACAGCUGUAUAAAAGAGUGUGGGACAUAGAGGAGAAGCAGCAUCUCUCAGACUUCCAAAUCUUGGUGACCACCAGCUGAGUUUCUACUAAUAGCUAUACUACUUGUACUCCUGCUACUCCAUCUCCUCCUCUGGAUCUCUGGCUGGUCCCAGCAGCUCUCUCCAAAGUCCCAGCAUGCAGAUCCUGGUAGUGGUAGCAGCUUUCAUGGGUGUUCUGCUCAGUGUCAGAGCAGCCGCCGUGCUUCCUGUGGAGGACAGCAGGAGCCCCAUGCAGGGGCUGAACAGGGGACAGGACCUAAGCAAACAGCGCAAAGAGCUGAUCCUGAAGCUGGUGUCCAGCUUGCUGGAGGGGGCAUUGGACACCAACAUACUCCCAGAGGAGACGUCACCUGAGGAGCUGGAGGAGCCGCUGGAUUCGCGCCUGGUGGAGCGGGCUGUCUACAACAGGCUAUCACUGCCUCAGCGUGACCGCAAGGCACCAUGUAAAAACUUCUUCUGGAAAACGUUCACCUCCUGUUAACAGAAAAAAAAACACCCCCUGCCAGCUCCUCAUGAACUGUAGUGAACCUCAGCUGUGCAUCUCACCUCCACCUGUCAUUGAUGGACUUCACAGGACACACUGUGUCACUUUUCAGCACAUGUACUGCAUUUAUGUACCUAUUUAUUUAUAUACACUAUGUAUGUGACAUCUUUUAAGGAUAAAGAAUAAAUCAUGGUUGUAAUAUUUGGACAUGGUAAAAUAAAUUAGUCUUUUC